GGACCAACACUGCCAGAUGGAAAGACCAAUUUUGAAUGUCACUGUAUUGCACCAAUAAUGGGAAGCCCAUGUGGAUAUUUAUUUCGAGAAUCAAUGUUAUGUCGGGAUGAAAAAUCUGCCGAAGAAUUCGAAGCAGGUGCAUGUGCUGAUGAGUUCAUGGCCUUCGUUGAAUGUGUUGUUCGCACUGGCUGUUUUGAAUGUGUGCAAUCGCUCUUAUGA